AUGUUUGCCGAAAGUCAAUUUUAUUGUAAUGCUGAUACUCAUAGUCCUAUGGUAUCAGCUGAACCUCAUGUAAUACGUCUUCCGAGAACCGACGAAGAAAAAAAUAUUAAAGCUACUGAAUUUCAAGCUAUUCAAGGCAUUCCUGGCGUUGUAGGUUGCAUCGACGGUAUGUUCAUUGACAUUAGAUGUCCUCACCAUAAGAUGCCUUCUACAUUCGUUAAUCGUCAUCAUCAAACCUCUUUGGUUUUACAAGCUAUUUGUGAUGCUAAUAAAAGAUUUAUUGAUUGUUUCACUGGUGUCUCUGGGAAAUGUCAUGAUGCACAAGUAUUCAAGUUAUCGUUUAUAUAUCCCAUGAUUCAUCAAUUGGGUGAUCAAUACCAUAUUAUCGGCGAUUCAGCGUACCCAAUGUCUAAAAAUGUUUUGACACCAUACAAAAAUUAUGGCAAUUUAACCAACAUCCAACAAAGAUACAACUCAAAAUUUAGUGCAACUCGGGUUAAAAUUGAAAAUAGCUUUGCAUUAUUGAGAGGAAGGUUCAGACAGCUAAUUCGUGUAGAAUACACGACAGUUGCAAAAAUUUCGAAGUUAAUCAUGGCUUGUUGUGUGUUACAUAACCUUUGUAUAGAUAAUAAUGACUUCUUUGAAGGUGAACUUGAACCUGAAGAAAAUAUAUUUCAUAACAUCAAUGAAGAUAAUGUUUACCCUGAAAAUAUCAUGCAGGAAGAAGGAGAAGUUAAGCGCAAUCUAAUAGCGGAAAAUUUAUAA